AUGUUCAAUAAAGAAUAUCUCCAUGCUCUGAAAAUCUCGCACGAAGAUUUAUCUGAGCUGUUACCAGACAUUGAAGCUCUGGACAGACUCGUUCAACCCAAGGGCAGUGAUGACAACGGCCGUGCAGGAGGGUCUGUGAUUGCUCUUCUACGCGAACCAUCAGACAUUAACGUGUCAUCAACUUCUACGGCAUCGGACGAGACGUUUGCUAAAAUUGGUGACUGGAUCCACCGAUGUGAGCAAGAUCAUACGCAAUGCACUCGUUUUCGAAGUCAAGUCCCUUGGUAUCCGACUAGGCUCUUGGAUGUUGGCCCCGAGGGCAAUUCUUCAUUUGCACUUGUCCAUAGCGCUCAAGCUAUAGACAAAGACGAAAAAUACAUGACAUUAAGCCAUCGAUGGGGAGAUGCCAAAGUGCCAACACUCACCACUAAAACCAUCAUCAACUGGGCACAAGGACUUUCCGUCAAAAUCUUGCCAAAAACUUUCCAAGACUUCAUUAUGCUUGCCCAGCGCCUCCAAAUUCGCUACGUUUGGAUAGAUUCAUUGUGUAUCAUCCAGGAGGGCGACAACGGUAAAGACUGGCGAACUGAGGCACUUACUAUGGACAAGGUUUACAUGAACUCGUAUUGCAAUGUCUCUGCUGAUUGGGGGUCUCCCAAACGUGGUUUAGAGCCCAAUCGGGAUGUGGUUGUUGCAGAGGAAUGCCUACUGGUGGAGAACGAAUUCUGGGAAGAUCAAGUGUCUAGAUCUCCGUUGAGUGUUAGGGGCUGGGUAGUGCAAGAACGUUGGUUAUGCCCAAGAAACCUCCGCUUCGGUCCCCGCGAAGUUUUCUUCGAGUGUGAACCCCUUCUAGAAGGAGACGUCAUUCUCAAAUCCGCUUUUAGCAAUCUUCAGACUCUACAGAGCCCACAAGCAGCACUCCUGCCAGCCACUCUAAGGACCGAGCUUUAUACUGCAUGGGGCGAGAUUUUAUCCAAAUACUCCAGAUGCUAUCUAACUUACGCAAGCGAUCGAACUGUCGCUUUCUCUGGAAUCGCAAAGUUCUUUCGGUCAUUAGUGGAUGACAACUAUAUUGCCGGGCUGUGGCUCCGGAAUUUGGCCUCUGACAUGAUGUGGUUUCGACAUCGGCUUCUCACAACCGCUGUCGUCGAAGAUACAAAAGACCGUCUUUCUUUAUUUAACAAUAACAAAGGGGGUGUUUACCGUGCGCCAAGCUUUUCGUGGGCAUCAACUGCGGUGCCAAUUGCGCUAAAUCAUAUGGAGGACAAUAUGGGUUUCAUAAUCAGUGUGAGGUGUAUUCAUUUUCGCGACAGCUCCAAUGCGACAAUUGAAGAUUGGACUGGCGAUAUAUUUGGACCUUUAUCAACUCCGAUGGUCGAGAUUUUGGUCGUCGGAACACUGAAAAAGAUGCGGCUGCAGCCGUAUUUCGACGGCGAAAUGACAGACUUCUAUGUCGUUCCGGAUAGCCCCAGCGGCAGCUCGAAGAAAACGGACGACUGGUCUGAGCCUAUCUCAAAAGAAACCGCAGAGGCUACUCUCGACUUCCAAGUCAACAACGAGGACGUAGCCGCGUGGGCGGCUCAAGAUAACUUGUACUAUAUCCCAUGGCAAGACUGCUGGAACUCUCACUUGCCGCCGAAGUCUAAACGAGAUAGUGACUCGCUAACUUGCUUACUCGUUGAGCUCGCUGAUGUUAGCAUGAACCGCUUCCGGAGGAUUGGGAGACUUUACGUACACGAUAAGUCUAAAAGAAAGCUAUAUAUUGCGAAGCAAAGUAAUGAGUCGACUUUGCCUAGCGAGCAUUAUGAUCCGACUACUAGGAGACACACUAUAUAUCUCAUAUAA